GAUAUGAAGCACCAAACUUGAGGAAAUUGGCAGACAAAGUUGCGGCUGCGGGAUUCUUUGUCGUAGUUCCUGAUUUUUUUCAUGGAGAUCCAUAUGUACCAGAUCAGAAGCCUAUAAAUGUAUGGCUUGAAAGUCAUGGGACGGAUAAAGGGUUUGAAGAUGCAAAAUUGGUAAUUGAGGCUUUGAAAAAUAAAGGUGUGUCUAUAAUAGGGGCUGCUGGAUUUUGCUGGGGUGCUAAGGUCGUUGCAGAAUUAGCAAAGUGUGAUUACAUUAAAGCUGCAGUUCUGCUACAUCCCGCAUUAGUGACUGUUGAUGACAUCAAAGAGGUUAAAUGCUCUAUUGCUAUACUUGGAGCUGAGUUUGACGAGGUUGCUCCCCCUGAACUGUUGAAACAAUUUGAGGAGAUUUUGUCCCUCAAAUCUGAG